CACCACCUGGACAAAUCUCUGCAUCAUCUCAACGUUGACAGCUAAGACGUUUCCUUGGUGGGCUGAAGUUACUAUAUCUUGAGACAGAACAAACAUCACCCAAUGCCUGCAGCUCAAACAACUCAGUGAUAGGAUUACAAUCAGAUUUGAGGACAAGAUUGAGACAGUUUUGUCAUCAUUUCUAGGACAGUCAAAAUGGCUAUGGUAUCAGAGUUCCUGGGACAGCUCUGUCUCAACAUCGGGGCCAAUGAACCCACAUACCCCACCGUGGUCCCUGCGUUGGACAUCAACCCUGACACAGAUGCUGCUAGAAUAGAGACUGCAAUUAAAACCAAAGGGGUGGACGAGCAGACCAUCAUCGACAUCCUAACGAAGCGUACCUACUCACAAAGGAGAGACAUUGCUUUUGCUUAUGAGAGGAGAGCAAAGAAGGACAUGAUCUCAGCCCUGAAGGGAGCGCUGUCUGGCUCUCUGGAAACAGUGAUCCUUGGACUGAUGAAGAGCACAUCCCAGUACGAUGCCUCACUGAUCAGAGGAUCUAUCAAGGGAGCAGGAACAGAUGAAGAAACACUGAUUGAGGUGUUGUGCUCACGCAGCAAUGAGGAACUGGUGGAGAUCAAGAAGGUCUACAAGGAAUUGUUCAAGAAAGAUUUGGAGAAAGACGUGGCUGGUGACACCUCUGGGAACUUCGCUAAGCUGCUCUUGGCUUUGGUGGAGACCAAGAGAGCAGCUCCAUGCGCUGUCGUAGACUAUGAAAAGAUUGAUCAAGAUGCCCGAGCCCUCUAUGAGGCUGGGGUGAAGAUCAGAGGAACUGAUGUGCCCACCUGGAUCUCCAUUAUGUCUGAGAGAAGCGUAUCCCACCUACAAAAAGUGUUUCAGAGGUACAAGAGUUACAGCCCCUACGACAUGCAGGAGAGCAUUGUGAAAGAGGUUAAAGGAGACCUGCAAAAGUCCUUCCUGGUGCUAGUUGAGUGCUUUGAAAACAAACAGCUGUACUUUGCCAAACGACUCAAUGAAGCCAUGAAGAGUAAAGGAGCCAAAGAGAAGAUCGUGACCAGGAUUAUUGUGUCACGCUGCGAGGUGGACCUGCAGAAGAUCUGCUGUGAAUACAAGACCAACUUUGGAGAGUCUUUGCAAAAGACUAUUUUGGAACACACCAAGGGUGACUACCAGAAGGUGCUGCUCGGCCUAUGCGGACCAGAGCAGUAAAAAUGAAUCAAUGGUGUCAAAAUGACCCAAAUUCUGACACUGGAAGGGGUGUACUGGAAAGGUGGGCUUAUGAAUAUCAUACUCAAAACAAACACAGCUGGUUAAAGCCCUUCCUACUUUUUCUGUGCGCUUUGAAUGCAACAUUGAAGAAGAUGCAUUUAUCUUUUUGAUAUUUGAAGAGUGCGUAUUAAAUCUAACUUUGUUUUACUAAAACAGCAAUAAAGUUGCCUUAUUGGA